CAAAAAAAAAAUAUAUAUAUUUAAAAUGCAUCUAAAGAUAAUAUUAUUUACUUAUUCUUAAAAGUGUCAUAAAAAGCUUCUAGUGACUUCAAUUCAAUGUUACAUAUUUCUGAUAGAAAUAUGAUAAUAGUAGUGUCUGUAAAGUUGUUCCAAUGUAACAAGGCAGACCCAUUUCUCUCUUGUUCUUUGUGUGUUCACUAUUAAUUGUUGAAAGUAAUUGGGGCAGUUAAAAAAUUGCAGAGUUCUACAAAAAUUAUUCACAUGUACUUUUCCUGUUUAAGGUAUAGAUAAACUUGUAAUGUAUGUUUGACUUGAUGUAGACUGAUUUUGCAAGUCACUUGUCCAUGAAAGCUUCCUCAAUAUAAAGCACCCAAUUUGUUAAACACAUGAAUUUUUGGAUCAAGAUAUGUAUGACAAACAUAACUUUCUACCCGCUCAUAAUUAUAUUCAUAAAUAUUUUCUUUUUAUUCAGAGACAACAUUUAUAUUUCAUUUUCUUUUAUUUUAAGCCAUCUGAGGUUCAAUGUAUAAUAAGUCUCUAAUGUUUCAUUUCAUAUUGUUGUUUUGUCAACAAUAAUGUGAAAAAUUUAUUGAAAAACGAUUCUUUAAUGUUAAACCCCUAUCUUAGAUUAUUUUCUUCCCUUAUGUAUGUACCGCAGACAGUAGUAUAAAUUAGUAUGUAUAUUAAUAAUUGAUAUUGUUGCUCUGGAAGAUGUGAUAAUGUGCGGGCACCGAUAACACGAGUGACCGAGUGAUUAGACACUAGCAUCGCCGACAUUUGAUUUUAUUACAAUUUUAUGUCGGGGGCGUUUUACGUUACUGAUAAAUUGUAAAUCGUGAGCGCUAGUUUUGUUACAUCUAUUCAGUCAAUAUUAAAGCGCAAGUUAUAUUAAACGUAAAUAAAGUACUGGUAAAUUAAUAUUGUAUAAAUUGUUUAUAAAAUACAUUAAUAUCUCUCAUCAUUGUAGUUGGCGUUCGAUGGUAAAUGAAAUUCAUACAUUGCAGUUUAGGCAUUCGUUGCGUGAACACACCAGUCGCUUUUAUUUAAUUAAAAAAUUUAAUUUUUUAUGCUUGCUGGAGCUCAAAUUUUUUGAGCUUGAUGUCUAUAAAAGCAACUGUGCAGGCGGAGGGCCGGGUGAUGGGACGCCGGUUUGUGCUAACCCUGGUGAUCGGGAUAUCAGCCGGUUUUAGUUUUGCCUACAUACUACUAACAUCAGCUGGAUUUCCCCGAGACGUAGCCUGGUCAUCGUACAGAGAGUCAGCAAGGGAUUUGGAUCGACACCCGAUAGUGAGCGUCAUUGAACAUGGCAGUGAGGAGCCAGCUCAUAGGGAUGAAGAUCGAUCAGUGGCAGAUGAACUUGCUAAGAAAGUUAGGGUGCUUUGUUGGGUAAUGACGCAGCCCAGCAAUCACGAACGCAAAGCGAGGCAUGUUAAAGCGACUUGGGGAAAACGAUGCAAUAAACUCCUCUUCAUGAGUACUUCUGAAGAUAGUUCCCUCCCAUCGGUGAAGCUGCCGGUUCACGAAGGGCGAGACUAUUUAUGGGCAAAGACAAAGGCCGCCUUCCGAUACGUGUACGAACAUCAUCGGAGGGAUGCUGAUUGGUUCUUGAAGGCUGAUGAUGAUACAUAUGUCGUAGUUGAAAAUCUUCGUUUUAUGCUGUCAGAACAUGACAGUUCGGAUCCUAUUUAUUUUGGAUGCAGGUUCAGGCCGUUUACAUCACAGGGCUAUAUGAGUGGAGGUGCUGGGUACGUAUUAAGCAGUACAGCAUUGGAGCGGUUUGUCAACAAGGGCCUCCCUUCACCACAUCUCUGUAAGGCCAGUGAUCAUGGUGCAGAAGACGCUGAAAUGGGUAUAUGCCUUGAGCACAUAGGUGUGAAAGCAAUGGACUCCCGUGAUGCGUUACACCGAGGCCGGUUCUUCCCUUUCGUUCCCAAAGACCAUCUUUUUCCCAACCACGAUAAAGGAUUUUGGUACUGGAAGUAUAUCUACUACCCUUCGGAUGAGGGUCUCGACUGCUGUUCGGACCACGCAGUAUCAUUCCAUUACGUAGAACCUCAACAAAUAAUGCCAAAUCAUAAAAUGACUGCUUCACGACUGAUUUGAGAGCGACCGCCGAUGCGAAAACCACUGUGUGAGUUCGAAAAGUGAGUUACAGAAUCGCAAGGCUGUUUCUAAAUAAUUUUCCAUUUCAUCCGAAAAAAGUUCUGAUGAAAUGCCGUUCUUGCUUCAUUAUCUGUUCUCAGCACUUAUAGUUAGUUUUCCAUCAAUCUUUUAUACUUCUUAAAGUGUUGUUAUUGAUUUUUAUAAUGUCAAGUGGCACACAUUGGUCAGGAAUCAUCUGAGAUCAUGUUGGCUUCCAUAGGUUUACAUAAAUCUGAGUGUACUCUCUCUAAUUAUUCUACUUCUAGGAUUUGCUGAUAGAAAAUAUAAGCACGACUGCUUUUAGGUUCACGUGUGCGUUAUAUAUUUAAUUAUAUUUGUCGUAAAGUCUUAGCUUCCUCAUAAACAUAAGGUCAGAAAAAAAUCUGUGUAAGGUUGAUUUUUUUUCUUAAAUCGUUGAAUCUCAUUAAUUAUUCGACUCGUCAAUUUCACAGAUUUUCAUGUCAACACGACAUUAGUGAAAAUAUAGACAUAUAUAUAUUUGUAUGUAAUUUUGAGUGUUAGAGGUCAGAUACACUUUCAAUUAAAUAGAACAAUACUAGGUGUGUUACGUAUUACAAUCACUAAUGUACACCGUUACCGUUGAAAGAAAUAGCGGCUAGAUGUUAAGCUGCACCCUUUAGUGAGAAAUAAGUUGGAUAAAUAGAUGAAACCAUAGACUAUUACGUAAUUAGCAACAGAUUAGAACUAAAAAUUAAACUACAAUUUGUUCUUACGACGUUUAGAAUGCUUUUACAUUCUUAGAAGUAAGUAGACGUUUCUAUUAUAAUCUCAUAAUUAAUAUAUUGUAUUUAUCUAGGUUACUAUAAGAUAGCAUAAGUUUCAAAAAAGUUUAAUAAAGUUGAACGCCGCAGGUAUAUUAAGGAUUUUGUUUGAAAUAAAUAUAUAAAAUUAAUUAAUUAAAGGCUUCAUGUACGUAUCUAUGCUUAUAUUGUAUAUAGAACAGUAGCAUUGUUUAUUUCUGUGUUUACUGUGAAACAUAAAAUAUGAAUAUCGUAAUAAUUAUUUCACGCAAUUUAGAAAUAUGGUUGGAUUAGUAUCUUAGGGACCGCAAGUAUGAAGAUUGUCGCACAAUAACUUACCGACGCUGGUUCUAAAACCAUUUGACUAAAUGCUCUUCAAACCAUAUUUAUCUGUUCCUUGAUUUCAUUCAUAAUAAUUUAAGACACAACGUUACCUUUAGAAAAAAUAAGUCAAUAAUUAUAAUUUUAAGAAUUAUAAUAUUAAUGAAAACAAACGUGAAUAAAAAUACCUAAGCUAGCUAAUACCAAAUCACGCUACCAAAGAAGUAGGUUUUCAAUACAUAGUAUCUGUAUAUUGUAACCGCAUUAUGUAAAGUAGUAAAUAUCAUCUUUUUUAACAAAGCUGUCGGUUAUUGGGCUUGUAUCCAAGUCAUGUAAAUAAAAAAUGUUAGGUGUCGCAACUAAGUUGCUUCUCGAAUAAUAAUAAUUGUAUAAUUUUUCGAUAUUCCUAUUCAAUUCUGUAAUAUUGUACCUACAAUAAACAAUGUUUAUUAUUUUAUGCAAAUGUACGAAUGGUUUUGUAUAUUUUUUAACAAGCAGCAUUGUAAUUCCCAUAUAUAUAACUAAUAU